AUGGAGAUGCUGCUGCCGCCGGUAUGUACAAAACUUUGCCAUCAGAAGCCUUUGGAUAUGAAAGAUGAUAAUACUGAAAAACACUGCCCUGUUACAGUGAAUCCCUGGCAUAUGAAGAAAGCUUUCAAAGUUAUGAAUGAAUUAAGAAGUCAAAGCCUGCUGUGUGAUGUGACAAUAGUAGCGGAAGACAUGGAAAUUGCAGCUCAUAGAGUUGUGCUAGCUGCCUGCAGUCCUUACUUCCAUGCUAUGUUUACAGGGGAGAUGACUGAGAGUCGAGCAAAGAGAGUUCGGAUAAAGGAAGUUGAUGGCUGGACUCUGAGAAUGCUUAUUGAUUACAUUUAUACUGCUGAAAUUCAAGUUACGGAAGAAAAUGUACAGGUUCUUCUCCCAGCAGCUGGUCUGUUACAGUUGCAGGAUGUGAAGAGGACUUGCUGUGAAUUUUUGGAAUCCCAGCUUCAUCCGAUCAACUGCUUGGGGAUUCGUGCAUUCGCAGACAUGCACGCAUGCACAGAUCUGUUGAACAAGGCCAACUUGUAUGCAGAACAGCAUUUUUCUGAUGUCGUACUUAGUGAAGAAUUCCUCAACCUUGGUGUAGAACAGGUGUGCAGUUUAAUAUCCAGUGACAAACUUACAAUUGCCUCUGAAGAGAAGGUAUUUGAAGCAGUCAUUGCAUGGGUAAACCACGACAAAGAUGUGAGGCAGGAGUUAAUGGCACAACUGAUGGAACAUGUUCGGCUGCCUUUACUUUCCCGGGAGUAUUUAGUUCAGAGGGUUGAAGAGGAAACAUUGGUUAAGAACAGCAGUGCGUGUAAAGAUUACCUCAUUGAAGCUAUGAAGUAUCACUUACUGCCGACUGAGCAACGAGCCUUGAUGAAAAGCACUCGAACUAAACUGAGAACACCUGCUAGCCUUCCAAAGCUGAUGAUGGUAGUUGGAGGACAGGCACCAAAGGCUAUCCGCAGUGUGGAAUGCUAUGACUUUAAAGAAGAGCGCUGGCACCAGGUGGCUGAAUUGCCUUCCAGAAGAUGUAGAGCAGGAAUGGUGUACAUGGGUGGCCUGGUUUAUGCUGUUGGUGGUUUCAAUGGCUCUUUAAGAGUUCGCACAGUCGAUUCCUAUGAUCCAGUGAAGGACCAGUGGACAAGUGUUGCUAACAUGCAAGACAGGAGAAGCACGUUGGGAGCUGCUGUAUUAAAUGGGCUCUUGUAUGCUGUAGGAGGAUUUGAUGGGAGUACAGGUUUAUCAUCUGUAGAAGCUUAUAACAUAAAGACUAAUGAGUGGUUUCAUGUAGCUCCGAUGAACACAAGAAGGAGUAGUGUCGGUGUAGGUGUUGUUGGAGGUAAGCUGUAUGCUGUUGGUGGCUACGAUGGGGCAUCACGUCAGUGCCUUAGUUCAGUAGAAUGCUAUAAUGCUAGUACAAAUGAGUGGACCUAUGUUGCAGAAAUGAGCACUAGACGGAGUGGAGCAGGUGUUGGUGUGUUAAACAAUUUAUUGUAUGCAGUAGGUGGUCAUGAUGGUCCUUUGGUUAGAAAAAGUGUUGAAGUGUAUGAUCCUGUUGCUGGUACAUGGAAGCAGGUUGCAGACAUGAACAUGUGCAGAAGGAAUGCAGGGGUUUGUGCGAUAAACGGUCUGUUGUAUGUAGUUGGAGGAGAUGAUGGUUCCUGUAACUUAUCAACAGUGGAAUAUUAUAACCCAACAACAGAUAAAUGGACAGUUGUGUCAUCCUGUAUGAGUACAGGAAGGAGCUAUGCAGGUGUUACAGUUAUUGACAAACCAUUAUGAGAGGGGAAAAGAUUUUGAACUUAAAUUAUGCACUAGAAGCAAGCUUCAACAAGUAUGUUUGAAGUGAUUGAGUAUCUAAGCACUUCUCUACUUGUAGCUGCACAUUGAGUCACAGUGGAAGAUGUGACUGUCUACGAUUACGGACAACAGAUAAUGAAGAUUACUCUAGAUAGAAGCAACGUGUAGGAUUAUUCUGCAUUGAGCAGCAGCUGACUGAAUUUUUAUAAAGGCUUGUGGACCAGUUUUUAUUUGCAAGGUCGUCAAACAAAGUCACUUUCAUAAGGACCAACUCAUGUCAGUCACGACUGAGAAAUGGAUUGUUUGUCAGUGAAGAAUGAUAAAGUGAUGUGUAUUCUGGUGAAAGUAAAUUUUUGUCUUAUUUUUUCCAGAGACUUAAUAUAUACAUAUAUAUAUCCAUGAACUCCCAAGUCUCCAGAAUGGGUAUUGAAUCCCACUUGAGUCAUACAGCUUGGGGUGGGGCAAACCUGUUUGCUUUUAUAAAUUUUGUUACAUGAAUAUGUGUGCAUAUGUAUAUGUGUGUGUGUUGCUUUUCAUUACAAAACUCUUCAGAACUUGAUUAUACUAUUUAUAAUUGGCACAAGUACUUUGAAUUAUGCCAGUACUAUGUUGUAAAACAGAGUUGUAUUUU